AUAGGUUUGAAGUUCCCAUCUGAUAAGUCACUUUCACGAUUCAGUUUUAUCACCGGAGCAGUUGCAUAUGCUUGUACAGAUUGGUCCUUGCCUGCCCACUGAGUGUGAUAUGCCAAAUUGAGAGUUUCUGUUUUUCCUACAAGCUGCCAUUUUUCCAUCUUCAUUUUACAGCAUGAUAAAAGCACUGCAUGAAGAUUUGCAUGUCAAGUGGCUUAGCAUGCUCAUAUCUUUCCGAUUACACAUACUGUCACAUCUGUGAUUGUUUGGGGAUACAGAAGCUCAAAAAUCACAUGGUUAACAGGUUUCAGUGAUUGGAAGAAUAUGCUAAAGUUAAUGGCUGUUCAUGGGAGGACCAAAGAACUUCUGCAGUCACAUGUGGCAGCUUUACAGUUUUGACCCUUUACAAGUAUCAAUGCAUGUUUUGAUAAACUAGCAUCUGAAAAUAUUAGGAAGUUGCAAGAAGAACUAAAAAUAUUCCAUGACACAGUUAAAACGUUAGGUAGUUUAGGUCUCCCUUUUCACGGCCACUGUGAAGUGUUGGAGAGCAUCUGUUGUGGCAUUUAGUUAAUUAUCAUGAAGCUACUUGCCUGACUUAAUACAACUUUUGCCCUACAUAUCAAUGACACCAAGAGAAUCAAAUACUUGAGCAAGAAAAUUACAGAUGAACAUAUAAGUCUUUUUGCCUCAGAAACCAGGAAGCACAUAGCUUCUUUGCAGCUAAGAAAGACAAGACAGCAUCAUCAAACAAUUGGCCCAGGAAAAGUAUUGCCAUUGGUGCGAGGUUCCAGUAAUCGAAAAUACGCAGGCCAACACAGUUUGGAGUCCAUGAGAAGUGGAGCCACCCUGAGCACAGCAUGAGUUCAGGUCUGAUUGAGAACUACGUGGCAGCCAUGGUGCUGAGCGCAGUUGGUGAUACCCUGGGCUAUUACAAUAGAAAAUGGGAGUUCCUGCAGAAUGGCCAGGAGAUUCACAGGCAGCUUGCACAAAUGGGCGGGUUGGGAAACAUCUGUAUAGCAGGCUGGAAAGUCAGCGAUGACACAGUGAUGCACUUGGCUACAGCUGAAGCUCUGAUAGCUGCUGGGAAACAACCACGUUUUCCAGAGCUCUAUUCCCUUCUAGCAAAGCACUACAAGGACUGUAUGGAUGACAUGGUUGGCAGAGCUCCAGGUACUACCUGCGUUCAAAACGCACUGGGCCUGCAGCCAGACCAACCAGAUGGCUGGAGGAUUCCAUUUAACAAGCAUGAGGGAGGAUGCGGGGCUGCCAUGCGGUCCAUGUGCAUUGGGCUGAGGUUUUGUCAUCCUGAGCAGUUGGACAGCCUGAUUCAAGUCAGCAUCGAGAGCGGUCGAAUGACCCAUCAUCAUCCAACUGGCUAUCUGGGAUCCCUGGCUUCUGCUCUCUUUACCGCCUAUGCUGUGAAUCGCAAGCCCCCUCACGAAUGGGGGAAGGGACUGAUGGAAGUGCUGCCGCAGGCUAAAGUCUACAUCCAGAAGUCUGGCUACUUUGUGAAGGAGAACCUGAAGCACUGGUCCUACUUUGAAGAACAGUGGAAAAGAUACCUGGAGUCCAGGGGAAUUUCAGAUGGAGUGUCUGUUCCUACCUUCCCCCCCAUAUAUGGCGUGAAGGAGCGAGAUGAAUUCUAUGUCUCCCUGAGCUACUCUGGCUGGGGCGGCAGCAGUGGGCAUGAUGCCCCAAUGAUUGCCUACGAUGCCAUACUUGGCGCUGGAAACUCCUGGACGGAGCUCGCUCACCGGGCUUUUUUCCAUGGUGGGGACUCUGAUUCUACAGCAGCCAUUGCCGCGUGCUGGUGGGGGGCCAUGUAUGGCUUCAAAGGAGUCAAUGUAUCCCUCUAUAGAGAACUGGAAUACAGAGAGAGGCUGGAGAAAAUAGCUAAGGCCCUGUAUGAGGUCAGCCAGCCAGAGGGCUAGUCCAAGCAGAGAGGUGGUUCUAGAGUUCACAAGACAAAACUAAACUUUACAAAGGUCCCUGUAUAGCUUGCGGGGUGAGGGGAGGGUUAGAUUGAUCUUGGACUGUACUUUACGACCCAUCUACCUGCAGCUCCUGAUCCGCCCAGGCAAUGCUUGUGCUUCAGCAGUCUGUCUAGCCAAUGCCUAGUACUAGAAUAACGGGAUUAAGGAUGAAAGUGUGAGGGGGAAAUCUGGCAUAGCAGCUGUGUUCACUUUUUUUUUUUGCCACUGCUAGCGGAAAUGCAAUCUCAGAAGCACCAAAGAGCAAUGCAUGGGCAGCCAGGUUUGGAUUUUGUCAGUAAUAGUAAAAGAAUUUGGUACUGGGUUGAGUUUGAGUGAAAUUUUAUAUUCCUCCACAGGACAGAACCAGCACAGCGUGCUAGUGCCAGCCUUCCCUUCUCUCACAUCCCAGUGCACUCACCCCAGACACGUAGUGAGCACCUCGACAGCUGAGAGGGGAAUACAGUCUCUAGGGCCCCUUCAACCCUUGGUCCUAAGCGACCAAUUAGUGCGAAGCACAAGGGUGGAUUUUCACAUCUUUAGUGUGGGGAAAUGCUUUAAGAAUGGUCAUUUGGCAUUUGUUUAAAACCUAAUUUCACAGCAUCUCUAACCAAUUGCAGAAUUUCAAGACCUUUUGUUAUGAUUAAAUAAAAAUGUCAUUAUCUCUUGCCUACUGCUGUUAAGGGGGAAGUUAAAUCCACAUACAGUCUUACCAUUCACUUAGCGUAAUUCUAACAUUAGGGACAGAAUUUGCACCUUACUUCAUCAAACUGGAUCUCAUUAUGAAGAAUUAGAAAUAGGAAAUGCCGCUUGCUACCAUCUCCCAAUUAAGAGUUGAGACCUUUAGAGCUGUUGAAAGAUGUUCUUUUCUCAAAAUUUUAUGUAACUGCUGAUAACACCUUUGAAAGUUUCUUGCUUUUCUGUGCAAACAGCCGAAUUCUGUGUGUCUUACUCCCAAGAUGGCAGCUUUCAAGCUGAUCAUCAUUUAUCCUAUUUAAGAUCCUUUACAAAAGAAUACAAUUACUACAAAAUGUAAUCUGAUAAUGCAGAACAAUUCUGCUCUAUGUGAAACAGUCUAGAUUUGCAAAUGAAUAGAAGAUAGCUGCUGCCUCACCAUGUCAGAGGUUCGCCAUUGUGCCUUUUGAUGAAUUUGCAGCAGAUAUCAAGGAAAUGCUGGAAGCGUAUGAACGAGUUUCCAAAUGAGAGGGAAAAGAGACUUGCAGUUCUGUACUUUUGCCUGGGGUGACCUCUGUUUUUUAAGUGCUCUGUCUAUAAUUAAAUAAAAGCAAAUAUUUGGCAAAUGGAA